AUGAGAUCGGCCAGGCUUAUGCGCACCAAUUCUGUGCGCCCCAGUCUGAUCGGCCGACCACGGUAUAACGGCGCCCUGGGCGCUGCAUCGGCCGCAAAUCUCCGGUUCAACGGACGAGGGUUCCCGACGCACAUACAGGCUAUUGCGAUCUUGGUCUCCCAUCAGCGCGGCUAUGCCACAGAAACUUCUACCUCGACAUCUUCGCCCUCCAACCCAUUGCCGCCUCCGGGCUUUAACGCCGAACAGGCCAAGAAGCCCAUUCUCAAGGAAGAUGCGUCGCGACUUGCGGCUGACAACGGGAGCACCCAGGUCGCUCCCAAGCCAGAGACGCCUCUUGCGUCGGAGAACAGCGUAGAUUCACAGAAACGCGCUGAGCUGGAAGCGGCGAAGAAGGGGCUGGCGGACGAUGACAAGAAAGUGACUGAGGCGAAGAAGGAGCAGAAGAAGUUGACGAUUGGGCAAAAGAUUAAGAAGGAAGUUCAGCACUACUGGGAUGGUACGAAGCUUCUUGCUACGGAAGUCAGGAUCAGUUCACGACUGGCGUUGAAGAUGGCUGCUGGAUAUGAGCUAAGCCGAAGAGAGUACCGACAGCUUCAACGAACGGUGAAAGAUCUUGGCCGAUUGAUCCCAUUCUCGAUGUUCAUCAUUAUCCCCUUCGCCGAACUGCUACUUCCCGUCGCCUUGAAGCUGUUCCCCAACCUGCUGCCUAGCACCUACGAGGGCCAGAAAGCGCGCGAGAAAAAGGCUCUUAGCUUGAGUUCAACCCGGCAAGAGGUUUCGACCUUUCUGAAGAAUACUCUUAGAGAGAGUGGUCUCCCCGUGACUCCCGCCGCUGUGAGGAACGAGGAAUUCGCAGAAUUCUUCAAGAAGAUUAGAACCACUGGGGAGACCCCCUCGACCGAGGACGUGAUCAAGGUUUGCAAGAUCUUUAAGGAUGACUUGACCCUGGACAAUCUGUCCCGCCCUCAGCUUGUCGCCAUUUGCAAAUACAUGAACCUGAAUUCGUUCGGUACGGACGCCAUGCUCCGGUACAACAUUCGACACCGUAUGCGUCAGAUUAAGCGUGAUGACCGCGCGAUUUUCUACGAGGGGGUGGACUCGCUCUCUGUUCCGGAACUGCAGAUGGCUUGUGCCUCACGUGGCAUUCGUACGCAUGGUAUUUCUCCCGCUCGCCUGCGGGAAGACCUGGCGAUGUGGCUGGAUCUGCGCCUCAAGCAAGGCGUUCCUUCCACGCUUCUAGUGCUGAGCAAUGCGUUCGCAUAUGCGCAGGGCGGCAAGGAGGCAGAGAUGGCGUCUCAGAUUGAAGCGCUCAAGUCUGUGCUGUCUAGCAUCCCUGAAGAGUUGUUCCACGAAAUUGAGCUCGAGGUCCAUAAUGCCGAGGGCGCUGCCACCAACAAGCAGCGUCUUGAGGUUAUCAAGGAGCAGCAAGAGCUCAUCGAGGAGGAAAACGAGCAGAACAGCCAACACGAAGAGAAGGGCGUUACGACCCCCAAGGACAUUGAGGAUAUCGACGAAACAGAGGACGCGAAGUUUGAGGCGUCGAACAGCCAAGAAAAACAAUCCAACGAGGCUGCUGAGGCUGAGAAAGAAGGCGACAAGGCCGAGCAGACACAGUCAGAAGACCUGGCAGCCAAGGAGAAGGAUGAGAAGAAGGGAGGUUCCUCACAAUAG